GCCAACCGCCAGGCUGCAGAGGCACAGAAACACCUGCACAGCAUCCAGGGAGUUCUCAAGGACAUGCAGCUGCACUUGGAUGAUGCUCUCAGGACACAGGAGGACCUGAAGGAGCAGGUGGCCAUGGUGGAGCGCAGAGCAAACCUGCUGCAGGCUGAAGUUGAGGAGCUACGGGCAGCCCUGGAGCAGACGGAGCGGUCAAGGAAAGUGGCUGAGCAGGAGCUUCUGGAUGCCAGUGAACGUGUGCAGCUCCUCCACACCCAGGGAAACACCAGCCUUUUUAAUACAAAGAAGAAGCUUGAAACUGAUAUGGCACAAAUCCACACUGAGAUGGAAGAUAUUACUAAUGAAGCAAAAAAUGCUGAAGAAAGAGCAAAGAAGGCAAUCACAGAUGCGGCCAUGAUGGCACAAGACCUGAAGAAAGAGCAGGACACCAGCACCCACCUGGAGAGGUUGAAGAAGAACCUGGACCAGACAGUGAAGAAUCUGCAGCACCGUCUGAAUGAGGCCGAGCAGCUGGCACUGAAGGGAGGCAAGAAACAACUCUUGAAGAAGGAGGCCAGGAUCCGUGAGUUGGAAGUUGAGCUGGAAGAAGAACAUAAACAAUCCGCAGAGGCAAUGAAAAACAUCCGCAAAUAUGAACGGCGUGUCAAAGAGCUUACUUUCCAGAAUGAAGAACACAGGAAGAACAUGAUGAGGUUACAAGAUCUGGUAGAUAAAUUGCAGGUGAAAAUCAAAUCCUACAAAAGACAAGCUGAGGAAGCUGAUGAACAAGCCCGUACUAAUCUUUCCAAAUUCAGAAAAGCACAGCAUAAGCUAGAAGAGGCUGAGGAAAGGGCAGAUAUUGCUGCAGGUCAAGUAAACAAGCUCAGAGCUAAAACCCGAGAAGUCCCAUCUACAAAG